GUUAAAGGAAUAUUUGGAAUACCAAAGUAUUUUUUGCAGCGAUUUCUUUUUUGUGAUCUCAGUUCUCCAAAAAUUGACCUGAAUUUGAAUCCAUCUGGUCUCUGGAUUGGAAAACUAUUCUCAAAGCACACCAAAGAUGUUUAUUAUGAUCAAAGUUCAAUUCUUCAUCUUCGUUCUAGGCAGAGUACCUUUCAUAGCACUUGCUGAAGAAGCAAGCACAGUUGUAGAGGGAGAAGAAAGUGCAACAACAGAUUUCAGAAAUGACACAGAACUUGAAGAAUCACCAACCCUGUUGCCCACAAGACUACAGAGUGUAACCAAUCUCUUGCAGUUUGGACAACUGAUGACCACAGAAAGUGCAUUUGCCCCAGUUGAAGACAGUGAUAAUUCUACUGGUUAUGAAGUCAACACAGAAAAUACUGAUGGUGGACUGAGUGGCGAGCCAGAGAAAACUGAAAAAGGUGGUCUGGAAACAAUUGCACUGGUUGGAAUAAUUAUUGGAGUCAUAGUUGCAGUUGGAAUCCUUGCAGGAAUCAUCAUUGCUGUUGUAAGGAAGAUGUCAGGCAGGUACUCGCCCUGAAAAUAGUUGAAAUAAGCAGUCACGCUGUUCUACACCAGAAAAAUACAAGUGCUUCUUAUAAGAACUAAAGACUAUUCCUGUAUCUGUGUGAGAAGAUGAUCCAUGGAAAAUAUGGUUGAGAAAUUCCAGAUCUAUGGGGAUCCCACACAACUCUACAGACUCCCACUGCCCCAGACUACAGAGUAUGGAAUAUUUCAUAAGGUUUUUACUAACCAGGAGUUUAGUAGAAGCACAAAAUGAUUAUGCAGUAAGAAAAAACCCAUCAGCAAUGAGAUUUACAUCUGAAAUGUGAUUUGCGAGUAAUAUAUAUAUAUAUCUCCUAGCUUUAUUUUUAAGCACUACCAAAGAUUAUUUCACAUUACAUUUUAUACAUUAAAAAAAUUUCCAGAAUCUUAAGUGGUUUUGGCUGGUUAAGUGCUUGUGGCAUGUUUAUCUACCAAAUGAUGUAUCAAAAAGAAGGGAAUGGCUUCAGAGAGACACAAUUAUGUACAAGAUUGAUACUGGAAGCUAAAUCUUUCCACUACUGAUACAGAUUUUCUGCUCUUGAUAUUUACAUUAUGUGGCAAAACAUGGUAGGCCCAGCUGGAACUGACCUACCAACUGAAAGCUUGCUCUUCUGACUGCUGCACCAGGAAUUUCCUGUCUUCUCCUGUUGCAGAGACAUGCAGGGAUUGAAAUACACAUCCUGAAUUAAAGGGUGCUUGGAAAAUACCCAGUUUUGAUGGGUCACUUUAACCAGUUACUCAGCCCAAUUUAGAGCUGAUAUGUAGAAGCUUUUGAAUUAGCAUAUACAUUUUUUUUUCCUAACUGUAUAGUUGGCUUCUUUGAUAACGUGUGCAAAACAAGAACAGAAUAUGUUAGUAGGAUAUGAAGCAUCUUUGGAAUCCACAGCUUUUCUGUGGCAUGUUUAGUGCUGCAGUACCUGAAUGCACAGAGUGCAGAGCAAAGGCUUUGUAUGUCAAGUGAUAUGCAUCAUGUUUUUCAAACUUUAAGGCACUUACGUGUUUGGUGUAAAAAUCAUGAUAAACCAUAUGGUCAAUAAUUGCUAAACAUGUCAACUAUAUGUGCUUUUGUUUCAUUCA